UGCACUAUCUUUAUCCUCAUUACAUCAGAUAACAAUGGAAAGUACCGGUUGGAAAUUGAAGCCGUUUGUGCAGCACAAACCAACAGAAAGUUGCCCUGUACAGAUUCCACUGGAAAGGAUGCCUGGUGAUCGAAGAAUAUGCACUGAUCCCAGAGUGCAAGUGAAACCUUCUGAUGUAACCGUUGAAGAAAGUAGCAGGCAUUCAAGUACUGAAAGGAGAGUUAUGUUCAGAGGCUCACGAGAGAAAUUCUUAACCAUGAACAACGAAAGGCUGCCAUUGGAUCCGAGAGUGCGCCAGCAAACACCGAGAGAAGUACGCGUUGAAGACAGCCGAUGUGCUAAUAAGAGAGUUCAGUUCAGAGAUCCACUAGAGGAAUUCGAAACCAACCAACUUCACGUGAAUUAUUUUCCGAAGAUUUUCACCAAGAGUAUUCUGUUGGAAAUGUUUCAAGAAACAAAGAUGCUCUAA